UAAGGGAGGACAGAAUUCAAGCAGGGGACCUGCACAUUCUCUUCUUCGUCAUUUUCCUUUCGACCGGACUCAGAUCCAGCGUACACUCGAUUGAACUCAAAAAUCCGCGAUCUGGCCUACCUCCGCCGACGUCGAAUAUGUGCUAUAGAGAGCUCUUAUUCAAGCGUUCAGUAGAGUGCGACCACCUAACAAAGACAGGCCAAAAUAUUAUCGACUGUCAAUCCUCCCGUUGCUAUCUGAGCAAUGCUCACCCGUCGAAUUGCGGAUCUCACCACCGUCCCUGUUCUUGCCGCCGGUAUUAUGGGCAACCAAUAAGAAGAGUUACCGCGGAGGUAAGCCCUCAUCUUUGUGCAAUUUUGUCGCCGGGCGCUCAUUUUUGGACGGUCAGGUCACAGGCAAAUGUACACUGUGCUUGGAGGAAGGCUUAUGACACGGACAUCCUGUUUUCUCACUAGAUUCACGACUCAGCUUCCCCAUUAACGCACUAAAUUAUUUGUAUGACUAUAGUGUAACAUCCAGCCUAUGCAUCCAUAUCGAAGUCGGCCAGCAUUCGGUCGCU